AGAUUAUUAUGAAAACUAACAAGGCAUCCCACAUACAAUUCCUAAUAUUUCAUUUUUUGCUGGAGGAUGAAAUAAAAACAGUCUCUCGCCCUCGCCUCUAUAUCUUUUUCUUUGCAGUUGCCAAAGCCCCAAAUGGGAUGUUACCCAAAGCCAAAACUGCUGAUAAGGGCUGAAUAAAAUAUUUGUACUUAGUGGAUAAGGAAAGGACGAGGCGUUCUCUUUCGGUAUUUUGGGGUGAGAAUGUCAUUGGUCACAGGCACUUCCUAUCACGGGCUCCACUGACAGACAGAGGGUCAUCCAGCCACAUCACUCUUUCUGGAGAAGAUUCAGUGCAGGCUACUCCGUGACUUAAGUACAGCCUGACUUUCCUUUGGAGAAAGUGCUUAGCUAGCCAGAAACAAGCGCAAAUAAAGCCAAAGUCAUUCAUGUGUUGCUAUCUCCAAAAGCUCCAAAAAAAUCCCCGUUCUCUGGGAAAUGAUUAAUCAGUUUUGGCAAACAAAAAACAAAAUCAAAUGAGGUUCUUGUUUUGCUCAUCCUGCGUAGGGAACUCCAGGGCCCCAUUUGUGUACUAAAGCCUUUCAAUUCUGGUUUGUUUUUGUAGCCUCCUUGUGCGCGUGUCGAAUGAAUGCUUUUCUAACACUUUCCAUAGUGAAUCUUUGAAAUCCUACCUCCAAAUGGCUCACCAGCGGAUCUACGUUUUCACCGUUAUCCUGGUGUGGGGCUGCUCGGCAUCUUCUUCCUACCAUACGUCAGUUGCUCCCCCACAAGAUCUUCAGAUUACUGAUCCUGGACUUUUAGGUUCCCUCGACAUAGAGUGGAAGCCUCCGCUCAACGUGCAAACCUUCAACGAAUGCACAGUAAAAUAUAAGCUUGAAUACCGUAACGCAGAUGACAGAGACUGGAAGGUUAUUUUUACUAGGAAACUAAAAUUCAGAGUUGGCUUUGACCUCAGCAGGCCUGCUGAAGCGAAGGUACAGACGCUGCUCAAAGGCCGGUGUACCAAUGACGUGGAGGUUCAAAGUGAAUGGAUUCACGCCACCUUUGAGGUCCCGCUGCAAGGCAAACUGGAAUCAGAGGUUAAGGAUUUUCACUGCAUCUACCACGACUGGGAAUACCUCAAGUGUACUUGGCAGCCAGGGCUCCUCGCUCCUCGUGGGGUGCAUUACGGGCUAUAUUAUUGGUACGAGGGCCUGGACCAUGCAGAGCAGUGUGAUGACUAUAUUCAGGACCAUGGUAUAAACAUUGGCUGCAUGUUGCAAAAUCUGAGCCAGGCAGAAUAUAAGGACCUGACCAUUUGCGUCAACGGUUCCGCGGCGGCUACGCUGCUGAGACCUUUGUACGUCACCGUUCGCCUCCAAAACCUAGCAAAGCCGUCACCCCCGGAGGGGCUGUCGGAGUACGAGGUGCAGCUGGCAGAAGACCGAGGAGACGCCAAGGCUGCCUGGGCGUCUGUGUCAACGCAAAUGGAGACCGUCUUUACCAUUCUCAGAGCAAAUCAAAGCCGUGUUUCAUGUGUCCGUGUCAGGGGCAGAACAAAUAUCUUCUGUGCUGACCAGGGCUUUUGGAGCGAAUGGACGCAAGAGUGUUUCUCUGUGUCCAGAAAAGAGGACAAGCAGCUAUUUAUCCUCAUUCCAGUCAUUCUGAGUUUUUCCUGUAGCCUCAUCAUAUUUAUGUUGAUUGGCCAGUGCAAGAAAAGAUCCCCAGCAGGAAAGCCGUUGCCCUUGUCCAUGGGAUGCUAACUCCGUGAUGACUGUACUGCCUGUGUUUGAUGGAUUGCUCUUAGAAGAUCAUCCCAAGGAGAGACAAGGAGCUCUGAGCUAUCUAAAGUCCCUUUGGGCCUCUGCUACUUGCUGCCAUUUACAAGGUUGGUUGUUGGAUUUCAAGUCCUCAGCAGGCCCAGGAAGACCUCGGAAGAGUUUCUAAACUGAUUCUGGAGCAAACUGUUUCUGAUAAAGGGACAAGGGAGAAAAAGGAGGCAGUGGGAACAGCAAUGAAUAAAGACACCACUCUGC